CCCUCGCGGGGCUCGCUGCCGCGCACGGGGCUCGAAAGAUGGAGGACUACGGGCGAUUCUUGGCGCUGCUGGCCUCUGCGCUGCUGGUCGGCUUCGUGUCGGUCAUCCUCUCCCUCGUCUGGGUCUUCCACUACCGCGAGGGGCUGAGCUGGGACGGCAGCGCGGCGGAAUUCAACUGGCACCCCGUCCUCAUCGUCACGGGCUUCGUCUUCAUCCAGGGCAUCGCUAUUAUUGUGUACAGAUUGCCCUGGACCUGGAAAUGCAGCAAACGCCUAAUGAAGUUCAUACAUGCUGGAUUAAAUACCAUAGCUAUGAUUCUUGCAAUUGUUUCUGUGGUAGCUGUGUUUGACUUCCACAAUGCCAAGAACAUUCCCAACAUGUACAGUCUGCACAGCUGGAUUGGGCUGACUGCUGUUAUAUUUUACUGUCUCCAGCUUUUCUUGGGUUUCGCAGUCUUUCUGCUCCCGUUUGCUCCAGCUCAUCUCCGUGCAGCUCUCAUGCCAAUUCAUGUUUUUUCGGGUCUUACCAUCUUUGCAACAGUGAUUGCAACAGCUCUCAUGGGAAUCACAGAAAAGCUUAUAUUUUCACUGAAAAAUCCUUCAUACAGUGAAUCCCCACCAGAAGCAACUUUGGUCAACUGUCUUGGUCUUUUGAUUGUCGUAUUUGGUUCACUUAUUUUGUGGAUGGCAAGCAGGCCCCACUGGAAGCGGCCCCCAGAAGAGAAUGCUAAAAUUCUGACACCCAUUGGAGCAAUUCCUGAAGGCACAGAAGCAGAAUCCACAAUGACAAACAGUAGUAAUGCAGAUAAAUCUGAUCUGAGGAGCAAUACUGAAGCAGACAGAAAACAAAACAUCAAAUCUGAUGAAGCAGGACAAAGAUCAACUAUGUAAAGAAAAUACAUAGAAUAAAAGUACCAUUGUACCUCCAAAUUCCCCCUGGUGAGGUUCGUUACAUGCUUAUGCAAGUAGGUUGGGGGUUCAAUUUUAGUAUCGUUUCCUGAAAGCUACUCAAGUUUUCUGCAUAUGGAUUUAAAUUCUGUAAGUCCCAAACAUAUUUUAUUGGUCCAUGAGUAGUCCAUGCCUUGUUUAAAAAAACAGGAGCAUGAAUGACAUCAUAUAAUGGAAAAAUCACGUAACAGGAAACUGUUUUCCAUAUCACUUCUUAAUUUGAUGUUUAUAUCUCUUAUAGUAAUGAAAAAUUCAACAAGAUUCAGACUAAAUUUUGCUCUUGAGUGAUUUUGCAGGUUAUGAAUCAGCCAUGAAGUAGACCAGAAUAAUUUAGUUUGUCACACAUAAAUUUUCUGGUAAUGUUCACUUUUUUAAAGCUCUGAUUUCUUUAGCUGAUUAACCCCUUCACCAGCUGCUGUGUUCUAUGGGAUUUGAAGUCGUUCCGCACUUUACAGAGUUGCUUCAUAAAAAAAUGUUUAUUCUAAAAUUUUUUAUUUAAAAAAAGAAAUUAAAAGUUUUCUUGAUAUCUUCACAAAAUGUUAUCCUUCCUCUAGAAACUUCUGGGGGUUUUUGGUCUUUUUUUUUUUUAAUCAGAAUGCAUCUGUUGACCUUUUAACAAAUUCUAACAAAUUUAUUGUAUACAGACACUAUCUGGAUUUGAAUGAUGUGCAAUUAUUACUGAAAUCUAAGGAAAUUUUAAGACAACUAAAUGCAGAAUUUAUCUUAUUUGAAAAGCUAUAGAAACACAUUUAGGAAAAUGUAUUACUUAAACUAUGUCUUCCUUUUAUCCCAGAAGGCAGCAUUUUAGUAUCGUUAUUUGAUUGCACAGUUCUGUUGAUUUAUGGUACUAGACUAGAAAUUAGGAGGUUAGAAACUAGAAAAAUCUACUAUCUGUCUCACAGAGAAAAAAAUAGCUUCAAGUGAGAAAUGCUUUCUGCAAGACACAGGUGAGCUUUGCUGUUUUAAUAAAAUGCUACCUGUUAACUUUGGGUAUCUCCACACUGACAUCAAAGGCAUUAUUAUCAUAGGCAUGAAGACAUGCUUUAGUCUAUAAGCAAUCUAUACAAACUCUAUGACUUUUUAAUUUGGAAUUACAGUUUAAAAUAUUGCAGUUUUCUCUAAAUAAUGAAGAGUCCCUACUGGCACUUUACUUUUAUAGCUCUUUCUAGUAAUUGAAGUAUUAAUGUAUUACGCUCAUUCAUUAAUUUCACAGAUACAAACAAUAUUUAUACUUCUACAGAAGAAUAAUUAUAGUAGAUUAUUUGGACUGCACAUGUCCGAAACGAUGAGCCCAUCUAUUAUCUCUUGUAAAAACUGCAGAGCCCACUAGAAAUACAAAUUUACCACUGUUCAUGUUGAAACAUAGAUUGUUUCAGACAGCAUAUAAUUUCCUACUUUUUAAAUACUACAUAGAUUUUUAUCUACUUCAGCUUUUAAAAAUGUUGUAUUUCACUUCAACAAAUGCGACAUUUUUGUAAUUCACUCUGUGUUAGUACAGACUAUUUUGGACAUGAGUUAUUUGGGUGUUCUCUGACAAGAAGCACCUCAGUUCCUGUUAUUUGAUUUGUAAUAAUGUGUUAUUAUUUGGUGAAUGCAGUACAGAAAGCUAGCAUAAUAAAAUACUUUAAUUUUUUUUUAAUUAGUAUUUUUUAAAUUUUUAAUUUUCUGCUGUACCAUUUGGUAUUGAAGGACUACAUCCCAGAGUUCUGUGUGUACACUUAAAGGUUUGUGGAUGAUUGGGACCAACCUCACAUCAGUGUACUUUUCCACUGUAGAAAACACCUGCUUUUAAUGUACAAUUCAGGUAUGACAGAAGGAACAGUAACCUAAACUACUAAACUAUUGUGUGAGCACCCCUCCAGUCCCACUAUGUGCAAUGAAUCAAACAGUGAAGCAUGCCAGGGGAAGUGAAUAAAUGAGCUCACUUGCAGUAAUUUACCGUGCAGCUUUCUAUACUGCGCUCACACAGGCAACAGCAUUUGAAAUUGUUAUGUAUUGGCCUGUUACUGUGUCUCAUCCACCUGUGAAAAUGAGCUCACUCCAUCCUUGCAUAGGACUAGGUCACAUAAUAAAAGCAUGUGUUUGUAUGGAAGGUAGUCAGUUGCCUAGGGAUUGUUCUGGAAGAAACUGUCUGUACAGUGUACUGGGAAAACUACAAAAUCUAUGACUUCUUUUGUUACAGCACUGAGUUGAAUGUAUUGAAAUGAACAACUUUUAGGUAGUUGGUUCUAUAUGCUGUUAAAAUUAGCUAUAAUAACCAAUAUGGCUCGUGGUUUCCACUGUAUUCCAUGUACUGUUCAGGCUACUUGAAAAAAGAAUGGUGGCAUUUCUUUACUUCUCUGUUCUCAUGAAGAGCAAGGUACAAGUAACACCAAAGUUGUGGGUUCAAAGGGUUGGACCCGAUCAUCCUUCUGGGUCCCUUCCAAUUUCAACCAUUCUGUGAUUCUGUGGCAUAAAACUAACUGAAAAUCAAGGAUUAGCAACCUUUUGAGGGGAACCUCCCAAAACAUAUUUUUGGUUUUCAACUGAGAGGUUAAACAUGAUAGUAAAAACUCAGCAUAAGGUGGAAGAUUCGGUUUAGAAAAUUUAGGAUCAGUGAUAUCUCAUGUGCAUGAACUGUAGAAUUCUGGCUGCUGAUCUGUGGAAGGUCCCCACAAGAUGCAGUAGCUGUGAGCUCCUAAACCUUGAUCAACCUUAGUAUGUUCAAUUUAAAACUGACAAAACAUACUAUAGACUUUUGGCUUAAUUCUAAACUGAUUUAAAAGGCCUCUAAGUAUUCUUGCCAAAAAAAUGAGGUUAGUUCAAUGCUAAAUAAAAGUACAUAGGUGUUAGGAGAGUAAUAGUCCGAAACCUGCUCCUCAAAGUGGCCUUCCAUUAACUUUCCUUUCAUGCAAAUUUUCUUACUUGUAUUUAUGAGUAAUAUAAAUACAGUAGCAACACAGGAAAUUUAAAAAGUAUAUUUUCAAAGAUACAAAUGGAAAGUAGAACGCUAGCUUUUUCAUCGGGAUUUUUCUGCAUGUUUGGAAAUCAUCUACAUGGUUGUUUUUACAGGAACAGGAUUGUAGAGCUUACAUUCCAGGUUUGGAUUCCUAUAAAAAAACCUGGAAGUUACAAUACCUAACAUUGAAAGUGCUAUCUUUUUAAAAUGCCUGGGAAAAAAAUACUAUAUUUACCUUCUGUCAUGCAGCACUAUGCGCAGAAGCAGAAGAGUGUUCUCCCCAGCAUUAAUGAAACUGGCAAAUGGUGGUGCAAAUUAGAAUCUAAAAUCGAAUGUAAUUACAUGUGUACUUCUUACUACACAUAACCAAGGAUAUAGCAUAUGAUAAUGUAAAUAUGGAUUACUUGUUUACAUGGAUAUUUUAUUGAGUGACAAAGAGAUAUUGCCAAAUAUUUUCUAUUUCAGAAGUCUCUCUUGCUUUUAUUUCAGAAAAUUCCUUCCUCUGUUAUUAACUGUUCACAAGAACUUUAAAAAUUAUUUUAUUAUCCAAGGUACUUAUUUGUAGAUAAGAGCAAAUAUUUGAUUACAAUGUCUGUUUUCCAUAUUCUUUUUAUAUAUAUAUUAAUAAAAAUGAUUUUUUGAGCUUGUG